CACAAUAGUGAUAACCGCGUUGUGAACUAAUUAAAGAUCAAUUCCAAUUUGAAAAUGCCAUCAGUUUUUGUAUGUGUUGUAGCGAAAAAAUCAGAAUCUUAAAUGUUUUAAAGGCAGAAUUUUUGCAGAUUUUACCAAAAUAAUGUUCUAAACUGCAAAAUUAAUGUGUAGAUAAACAGCUUGAUACCAUGGAUCGCACAAUAAUUGCUGUGCAGCGUGCAGAAGAACGAGAACUCAGUGAAAAAUUGCACAAAAAACUGCGCGGGUUGGGUCUACUGCAUCCCCAAACAGAUGAACUGCGAAAAUGUCUUAACGAAGAAAUGUUCAUUAAGCCAAAUCCUCAAGCAUUUUUCCAUGUCAUGCAUUAUUUGUUUUGUUUAUUGGACGCGGCUGAGUUCAAAAAACGUUUCUAUUGGCCUAUCACAGAUAAACGUUCAGAGGCAAAUUUCCGCACAAGCACUGUCGAAUACUUGAAAUAUAUAAAUGAGAAACACAAACUGCAAUGGGGAGAUAUUAAGUCAUACCUAGUAGUAAUGCCAGGAGGUAAGAAAUUCAUCAUAUUCCUUUUGGAUUUUUUGGCUUUCGUUGUGCAAGAGCAGAUAAGAUUUCGAGAAAAACUCUUGGGUGCCGAUGUGGAAGCAGGACAUGUAGCUGAUCUAAAUAUAAAGCGUAUGCGGAAACAAAAUUCCUUUUUCAAGGCUUAUGCCUCAUCUUAUAUAAGCAAUGUUGAUGAACAAAUAGUGCAAUUACGAGAGAAAAUCCAACAGCUUGAAAAAAUAUACAAUGCAUUGGCACAUGAAACGAGUAGGAGUAAAGCUGAACUGUGCAACGAACAAUUUAUUGCCUUAUUUGAAAUAUCAAAUCGGGAAAUGUUUCAAGAGAAAUUUGUCAAAGGAACUGGCAUGGUGCGCAAAUUGGAAGAACCAUUUGCAGAAUUAAAAGAACGAAUAGAUAAAUUUCAAUUGAAAGAAGCGGAAAUGAAAUAUGAUAAAGGUCGAGUGCGGCACGCCCUGCAGAAGAUUAAUGACGCAUUGCCGGCAGAAAAUACGGAAUUUUCAGAAGUAUUUUUACAUCCCAGUGUGAAUGUCUUAGACGAUAUCAAGCUAAACGAACUCAUAAUUACAUUCAACCUCAUUCAUCCCGUAUUGGAAAAUGCCUUCGGUGAGGUGGAGGAAACUAGAACCUCUGGUGAACUUGUCCAAGCGGAGCUAACCGCACUCAAAACAGAAUAUCAACAAAUAGAAAUGCAGGUAACAGGCUUCCAGUUAUCGCUGAACUCGCAUAUGAAAAUACGUACAAACCAACGUAAGCAAACAGCAGGACACAUAAACGAUGACUGCAACUCACUAAUGAUGAAAUAUGUUUGCACGCCACCAAUCAAAUUGGAGACGCUGAGCACUGGUCGUUUGGAUAAUAUGCGUUUACCACUUUUUGCUGAUAUACAAGCUAAAUUUGCGCCCGAUUCCUUGUGUGGUAAUGUUUCAGUUUUGCCACGAUCUGCGCGAAAACAAGCUAUUAAAGACAACUCGAUCGAUUUGAAUAACACAAUGAACAAGUCGCGCAUUAUUGACUCCACUCAGCUUCUCCGCACUAUUCACAAGGGUACUGUGCGUGCGCAACGCCAAAGAUCACAAAGUAAUGCGUCUGCGUCCAAAGCUUUAUUAAGCACAAGUUGGCGGGAACGUCAGAAUAUCUUUCAUAACGAUUUGGAGUCGGCACCAGUGAUUGUAACCGAAAAAACAAUCCAAUCUAAUAAUAACUUAGAUGUAAGUGUCGACCGCUCAACAGACAUUACCAAUAGUAUUCAUCAUCGCAGUGCACACCGCGCUAGUACUUCGCCGUUUACACCUUUCAAUUCAAAUGAACGUACACGUAUCGCACGUACACAACUACUCGAAGCGAUAAGCAGUAGUAGUGGGAGUGGUGGUGGGACAAAAGCUAAAGUUUUGUAUUCGAGACGACUUUCAGCCGUACAAAAGGUCCAGGGAGAUUCUAUGAAUAUCGCCAAUAUGAGCACAAGUCCGUCUGGGCGUCUCGAUGCGCUUGUACCGACGCCAGCUGAGUUCACUGAUACACCAAGACUCAAGUUGAACGACAUCACAAUGCAGGAAAAUACAAUUUUCUUUAAUAAAACUGAUGAGCGUGCGACCACUGUGCAAGUGUUGGAAAUGUCUUCCAGUUGUCUGCUAGUGACAGAGAAUGAAGGAAAAAUUAUAUUGAAUGGUGAAAAUGAUCGAAAUAUUAUCAAUACUCCGAAAAGUGCACAACCCAAGACUAGGCAAAUGCCGAUACAAAUAAUUGCCGAUGAUGAUAAUUUAUUCGAUAUAAGCGAUACCGUACUAAAGGAUGUUACAAUGUAGACAAAUACUCACACACAAACUACUUUAUAUACACACACAUUCAUACAUAUACAUAAAUAGUUAUAAAACAUGCACAGACACCUUUCAUUUAAAUGUUUUGCGGUUUGCAUUUUUUAUAUUUCGCUUUCCACAUUACUGUUUGGUAAUAAACUAAGUUUUGUUUUUAAUAUAAUUGUAAUUUAUUUUGUUUCAUUUAUGAAAUGCGCCUCCGAUGCGUGAAGAAUCUGCACAUACAUUGCGUUUCUACUCUGUGAUAAAUGCCGCCUUUUGUUUGGGUUUAAAUUUAAUAUGCUCCAAGUCGCGUACGAUCGGUUUUAUGUGUGGACUUACAUAUGGUCUUUUAUUGAGUUCCAUAGUGGCUUUUGAUUUUUUAUAAUUCAAUAUAUUCAUAGCAUUUUGGCGUUCCGCAUAGUACAUAUCGUCGUAAGGAUUGACAUUAUUUUCCGACAGCGUCUGUUCUGUUCCAACUU